CAGAGCUUCUUCACCUUUCCUCGUCUCCCCUACAAUUUGUUGGAUAAUUCUCUAACUUUUUGCCAAAAAUUUCAAGAUGACUCAGAAAAGCAAGAUUUUGAUCAUCGGAUGCACCGGCUCUAUCGGAAAAUUCAUCGUGGAAGCAAGUGCAAAGUCCGGCCACCCCACCUUUGCUCUGGUCAGAGAGAGUACGGUCUCUGAUCUGGUUAAGGGAAAAAUCGUCGAGAACUUCAAGAGCUUAGGCGUCACUUUGCUCCAUGGAGAUCUCUAUGACCAUGCGAGUUUGGUAAAGGCGUUUAAACAUGUGGACGUGGUGAUAUCGACGGUAGGCACCUUGCAGGUAGCAGAUCAGGUCAAUAUUAUUGCCGCUAUUCAAGAGGCUGGUAAUGUUAAGAGAUUCUUCCCUUCGGAAUUCGGAAACGACGUGGACCGUGUGCAUGCUGUUGAGCCAGCAAAGAGUGUAUUUGCUACCAAGGCUGAACUCCGCCGCAAGAUUGAGGCUGAAGGCAUCCCCUACACUUACGUGGUAAACAACUGCUUCGCUGGAUAUUUUCUCCCUACGUUGGCACAGCCAGAACUCACAGCUCCCCCUAGAGAGAAAGUCAUUAUUUUCGGAAAUGGAACUGCCAAGGCUAUUUUUAACGCGGAAGACGACAUAGGAACCUACACCAUCAGAGCUGUGGAUGACCCAAGAACACUGAAUAAGAUAGUCUACCUCAGGCCUCCCAAGAACAUUUACUCAUACAAUGAGCUUGUUGCCCUUUGGGAGAAAAAGAUCGGCAAAACCCUCGAGAAAAUCUAUGUUCCAGAGGAGAAAAUUUUGAAGGACAUCCAAGAGUCUCCAAUUCCAAUGAACGUGAUAUUAGCAAUCUACCACUCAGUCUUUGUGAAGGGGGAUCAGGCCAACUUUGAGAUUGAGGCAUCCUUUGGAGUGGUGGCCUCCGAGCUAUACCCAGAUGUCAAGUACACCACAGUUGAAGAAUACCUUCACCAGUUUGUUUGAGAAAAUGAAACCCCAAGCAUGCCAGCUCGUUUAUAUUAUAAUUAUCAUAAAUAAACUUAGUUGCUGUGAGUAACUUUAUCAGAGGAGUGCUUGUACCUUUUCUCAAUCCAAUAUCUAUGCUUCAUGCUUGCAACCUUUUUACUCAUACUCCUCUGCAUUUCUCUUGGUACAUGUAUUCCAGCUCUCAUAUAUCUUCUUACAUCAAUAAUAAAAAGUGUUAAAUUA